AUCCCCCAAACCACCAACACAACAACAACAACAACAACAUCUCCUUCAUUCUCCAUUCUCCAGCAACAACAAACCACACCUCCUCCUCCUCCUUCUUCUACCUCUAGCUCUAGCUCGCAUACUAGCUCAUCGUUCACCACCACCACCGCCUCAGCGUACACACACAUAUACAUCACAGAAACAACCCAUCCAUCCAUCCAUCCAUCCAUCCAUCCAUCCAUCCAUGGGUCUCCUUCCUACUGAUCGCAUGGACAGUCUCUUCUCCCCACGGUGCGUGUGGGUGAACGGCCCCAUCAUCGUGGGCGCCGGUCCCUCAGGGCUCGCCGUGGCGGCGUGCCUGCGAGAGCAGGGCGUGCCCUACGUCAUCCUAGAGCGCGCCGACUGCAUCGCCGCACUCUGGCAGAAACGCACCUACAACCGCCUCAAGCUCCACCUGCCGAAACGGUUCUGCGAACUGCCGAGGAUGCCAUUCCCGGACCAUUACCCGGAAUAUCCGACCCGCCGGCAGUUCAUCGACUACCUCCAAGACUACGCGGCCAAGUUCGAGAUCAAGCCGGAGUUCAGCACCACCGUGCUGUCUGCGCGCUACGACGAGACCUCCGGACUCUGGCGCGUCGUCACUUCCGCUCCCAACAACGGCGGCGACAUGGAGUACAUCGGCCGCUGGCUCGUCGUCGCCACGGGUGAGAACGCCGAGGCCGUCGUCCCGGAUGUUCCGGGACUCGACGGAUUCGACGGCAAGGUCACUCACGUUAGCGAAUAUAAGUCCGGCGAGUGCUACGCUGGCAAGCGCGUGCUCGUCGUCGGGUGUGGGAACUCAGGGAUGGAAGUGUCGCUUGAUCUCUCCGACCAUGGCGCUCGCCCGGCCAUGGUCGUGCGCGACGCCGUGCACGUCCUGCCACGUGAGGUGCUUGGCAAGUCGACGUUUGAGCUCGCCGUGCUCCUCAUGCGCUGGCUCCCGCUCUGGAUCGUCGACAAGAUCAUGGUGCUCCUUGCCUGGCUCGUCCUCGGCAACCUCGCUAAGCUCGGCCUCCGCCGCCCCGCCGCUGGUGGCCCGCUUGAGCUCAAGGAGAAGUAUGGCCGCACCCCCGUGCUCGACUAUGGCGCGCUCGCACGCAUCCGUGCCGGCGACAUCGCUGUCGUCCCUGCCGUCACACGUUUCGGCAAGGGUGGCCAGGUUGAGCUCGCCGACGGCCGCACCCUCAACUUCGAUGCCGUCAUCCUCGCCACCGGAUACCGUAGCAACGUGCCACAGUGGCUCCAGGGCAACGAUUUCUUCAACAAGGACGGAUACCCCAAGACUGCCUUCCCACACGGGUGGAAGGGUGAGUCUGGGCUCUACGCCGUCGGUUUCACCCGACGUGGUCUCUCCGGCGCCUCCGCCGACGCCGUGCGCAUUGCCAAGGACCUUGGUAACGUCUGGAGAGAGGAGACCAAGCCCACGAAAAGGGCCGGCGCCUGCCACAGGCGCUGCAUCUCAGUCGUCUUCUAAGCUUGUUUGCUUGAGCUUAUCAGCCGAAUCUGCCAGCCAUUUCGCAGUGUUUUUCUAAAACAACAAAUCAGCCGACGGUACUUUCUGCCAUGGAGCCACCAACAUGAUGACGAAGGAAGCUAACUUACUGAAGUGCACACACACAGACACUACAUACAGUUGUUCGUUCAUGGUGUUUUAGUUAGUCAGUCCAUCCCCUUGGUUUGUUGUUGAUUUGUUCUUUAAUUUGCCUGCCAGGUACAUUACUAGUUGUAGUGGUUGAUUAGGUUAUACGGUAAAAACAGUGAGAGUGAGUUGAGUAAAAAAAAAUGGAGCCCUCCCAUCAGUAGGGGAAGUGAGUGAGCCCUAGGGGAUUUUUACUGCAGCUAUGGCCGCUUAGCUUGGUGUAUAGUAGCAACCUGUUGAUGGAGGAAGAGGCUCUUUAAUUUAUUUUUUUAUUGACCUAGUAGCAUGUUCAUUUCUUUGUUCUAGCUAUUGUAUACACACCACCAGUGUAGUUAUUUCAACUACACUUUGUAGCCAGGUUUAGUAGUGUAUUGUUAGUGAUGAAGAAGAGGUAUAACCUCUUGUCAUUUUUUUUAUUUUGUUAUUACUACUCUUUGUAUGACUCUUCACAUGAGAUGGAGUACUGAAUGUAUAUUAGUGUAAUUUGAAUGUCUUUAUUUGCCCUUUAUUUUA